CAUUUGCUGCUAUCGUCUCGGCUGCUUUGUUGUCGUCGUCGUUACCGCCUAUUCUUGUUUCUUCCCCCGCGCACAGUCGACGGCGAGGGCGCGGUCCCCGUCGACCUUCUCCUCACUGCCUCGGAAUAGACGACCAUCUGCAGCUACUCCCGCAACCAUGGUCCGGUGGGGCGAGCUCUUCAAUGCCGACGGCGGCCACGAGAGAAGACAGCGGGCACCCGACGAGAUGAGCGCGCUGCUACCGACAUCGCACCGCGAACACCACAUGCCGCCCCCGCCCAUCGACCCCAAGGAUGUCACGGUAGUCGCCCUGCGCCUCAAGCACCAGAUCGAGCACGUCAUUCCGUGCGAGCUCGAGCUGGACCAGGUCACGCGCGCCCACAGCCAAAUCAUCACCGACGCCGUGCUCGACACGGCCAGGCACGCGGGCGCCCCGGAGCACAAUGCCUGUGUCGUCUACUGCCUGCUGCAGGUCAAGAAGUGGUUCACCACGCAGGCCCAUGCAGAGCUGUGGGACGCCGACCUCCACCAGGUCCGCGCGGCCGCGGCAGAGAUCAUGGCCAAGCGCCUGAUCGAGGCUGAGGAGGAUACAAAGUACCUGUUUGAAGAGGUGCUGCUCAAGCGCUACUCAACCCUCGUCGACGGCGAGGCCACGGCGCCCACCAAUGCUGUCGAGAAGGCGGUCGAUUUGCAUGCCGUGACCGUCAUUGGCUCCUCGGGCUACCAAAAGUGCAUCAACUAUCUGUGGAGAGGCUGGAUUGUCCAGGAUGACGAGGACCCUAGCAGGUUCGUCACGUAUGAAAACAAAACAAACACCAGCUACUGGGCACACCUCGACCCGGACCGCAUGCGUGUCCCAAAGUACCAGAACUGGGUGCAGAUUGCCAUGUCAAUCAUCUACCUAGGGCUCUACACGGGCGCCAUCAACACCAUCAACGUUUCUGGCGACCUGGAUAUCGUCGAGGGGCUGUUGUACCUCUUCACGCUGGGAUUCAUAUGUGAUGAAGUAAACAAGUUCUGGAAGGUCGGCCGCUACUACAUCUCGUUCUGGAACAUGUUCAACAGCACCCUCUAUGCCCUGCUCACCAUCUCGUUUGUCCUGCGCAUGGUCGCUUUGGCGCACCCCAUAGCAAAUGAGGACGACCGAAGGCGCGCGCGCUUUAACGAGCUGAGCUACGACUUCCUUGCCUUUACGGCGCCCAUGUUUUGGAUGCGUCUGCUGCUGUAUCUCGACACGUUCCGCUUCUUUGGCGCCAUGCUGGUGGUGCUCAAGGUCAUGAUGCGCGAGUCGCUCAUCUUCUUCGCCCUGUUGUUUGUCGUCAUCAUAGGUUUCUUCCAGGCCUUUAUUGGUCUCGACAUGGCCCACGACCACCUCGUAGACGACACGUUUUUUGUCAUGCAGGCCAUGCUCAAUGCCAUUAUGCAGUCGCCUGAAUUCGAGGGCUUUGAUAACUUUUCGCCACCCUUUGGCAUCAUCCUCUACUACAUCUUUACCUUUGUUGUCAUGGUCAUUCUCCUCAACGUGCUCAUCGCACUGUACAACUCGGCCUACGAAGACAUUACCUCCAAUGCUAUUGACGAGUACAUGGCUCUCUUUUCACAAAAGACGAUGCAGUUUGUGCGUGCGCCAGACGAAAACGUCUUCAUCGCUCCCUUCAACCUGAUUGAAAUGGUCUUCCUCAUCCUGCCGUUCGAAUGGUGGAUGGACCAGAAGCGCUACGACCACCUCAACGAUAUGGUCAUGGCAGUCCUUUACUCUCCUCUUCUAGUCGUCACCGCCAUGAUUGAGCAGCAAGAAGCCUGGGUCGUAAAGGAAAACAGGCGUCGCGGCGAGGAAGACGACGACACAGUCAUGGAGUGGGAACAGGUGCUUGAUGGCUGCGACUUUGAAGCCGACGGCUGGAACAAGAAGGUCCAAGCCUCUCGCCCUAACGUCGAGUUUGACACGGCUGUCCUAGAAGUCCGUGAGCUCCGAAAGGAAGUCGCUGAACUCAAGGAUAUGCUGAAGACGCUACUUGAAAGCGGUCCUGGUAACAAGUGGGGAGGUGACACCCUUGGCGCCAGCGGGCUAGCUAAGCUGGACGCAAGUAAACUGGGCAUGCAGGGCGAGAGCUCUGAGAGCGGUGGAAGGGAUGAGUAAGUCUUUCCUGUUUUCAUAAUUUCCUUAGCCCCAUCGCCUCUUAAUGUCGUUCCUUUUUUGAAUGCUGUACUGGGCAUGUUUGAGAAUUUCUCGUGUUGACUUGUUGUGCUUUUUGCAAUUCUAGGCGCUAUCGGAGUGAAUUUGGGGAGAGCAAUGCGAGUGAUUGGCAUUCGGAUUGAUUGAGAAGAGUCGUGUCAGACUAACUGACUCUUUUCUCUCCGCUCUGUCUCUCGCCCCUUUGCCUCUCGGUGUCUCAUGACACCCCCUCUCUCUUUUUUUUUGUCGUGUUCGGUGGGUCAUAAGUGCAUGGCUUGAAUUUGUCAUAUAAGAAUGCGAGGAAGACUGUUUUCUCUUAUCGGUUUUCUGUGUUCAUAUUGGCCAUGUGCAAUCGAGGGUACGAUAUACAAUUUGAUAUGAGAACGGAAGUGCUGUCUUUUAG